UGCGUUUGAGUCUCGGGGUGGAGAAGUGAGGAACAAACUGUCAGAUCAUCCCACUCAACACUUCUCUCUGAUCACUGUGCUGAGAUCGAUCAGAGCUGAUCAGAGCUGAUCGAUGGAUUAGAGGAGCAGCUGCUGCAGAGACAUGGAGGGUGUGUGUGUGUGGCAGGUGUAUGUGUGCAUCUUGAGUGUGUGUGUCGGGGCUCACAGUUCAUUGGACAGAAGUGACCAGGCCCACCUGGACCAUCAUCAUCAUCAUCAUCAUCAUCAUCUAGUCUCUAAUGGCAACACAGCCUCAGAUCUGUGUGCAAUAGAUGAGCAGCUCUGUCAGGAUGAAAACUCGCUCCUGAGUUUUGAGGCGAUCUGCAGCAUCCACAAACAGAUGGACGACGAUGCAGACGGCACGGUGGACACCAUGGAGACGGACGAGUUUCUCAGGGAGGAUCUGAAAUAUCAGGACCCCAAAGCUGCGCAGAGCAGCUUCCACCGAGCCGACCUGCACAUCAGUGUGGAGGACAUGUGGAGCACCUGGAAGAGCUCUGAAGUGUAUAACUGGACGGUGGAGCAGGUGGUGGACUGGCUGGUCGUCAGCGUGGAGCUUCCUCAGUACACAGAGGCCUUCAGGAAACACCAGCUGGAUGGAAAGGCCUUACCCAGGCUGGCGGUGAAGAACACCACCCUGACUGUGUCCCUGCUGAAGAUCUUGGACAGGAGUCAUGCUCAGAAACUGCAGCUCAAAGCUCUGGACAUUGUGCUGUUCGGACCUCCACCAGGCAGACACAGCCGGUGGAAGGAUCUGGUUCUGGGUCUGUCCAUCCUGAUGGCGUUGGGUGGCUGCUGGUUUGCCUACAUCCAGAAUAGGAAGUCCAAAGACGACCUGGGGAAGCUGGUGAAGGAUUUGGAGGGUCUGCAGAGGGCUGAGCAGAGCCUGCUGGACCUGCAGGCGAAGCUGCAGAAGGCUCAGGAGGAGCAGCUCUGCGUUCAGGUGGAGAAGGUGAAGGUGGAGGAGGAGCUGAGGAGCGAGAUCAACUCGGCCAAACAGGAAGCUCAGCGGCUCCAAGAGCUCCGAGAAGGAACUGAGAACGAGAGGAGCCGACAGAAAUACGCUGAGGAGGAGCUGGAACAGGUAGACAGGCGUCAGGUGGUUGGCAGGUGUGGCUUCGAUAAUCAGCCUUCACUGGGCACUCAUGUUCAUAAAGACUCACCUCUGUGUGUCUAUACAUGGAAGGUCCGUAUGGCGCUGAAGAAGGCGGAGAGGGAGCUGGAGUCACGGGCUCACUGGGCUCCACCUGAGGCUCUGCAGAAGUGGCUGCAACUGACGCAUGAGGUGGAGGUUCAGUACUACAACAUCAAGAAGCAGAGCGCAGAGAGGCAGCUGCUGCAGGCCAGAGAGGGGGCAGAGAAGAUCAAGAAGAAGAGGAGCUCUCUGUUUGGAACGUUUCAUGUAGCUCACAGCUCCUCGCUGGACGACGUCGACCACAAGAUUCUCUCCGCCAAACAGGCCCUGGCCGAGGUGACGGCGGCGCUGCGGGAGAAGCUUCACCGCUGGCAGCAGAUCGAGUGUCUGACGGGUUUCUGCCUGGUCAAUAACCCCGGUCUGGGAGCGCUAGCUGCCGCCCUCAACCUGGACCCGUCUUUCCUUGGCCUGAGACCUCCCACCCCUCAGCACCUCCUCCUCUCCGAUGACCUCGACGACAUGGACGAGGACAUCCUGUCUCCAGGGACGCUGCAGUACGCAGCAUGGCAGAUGGACCGGCGAGUGAGCGACUUCUGGCCCCUGAGCAGCAUCGCAGACACCCAGUCACCAUGGAAACACUCCGCUCAGAGUCUGAUGCCCCUGCGACCGAGGAUAGGAGACCCCGCUCUGACAUUCAGCUCUCAGAGGGACAUCAUGAACCGCUCAGACUCUGACUCCUCCCUCCCUCUUUCUCACGGCGAAUCACGAAGCUUGUACGGCUCCAAGCCCUUCCUCCUUUCAUCCAGGCUCCACCCCCUGCAGGGCUCCGGGGUCGGAGGAGGAGGAGGAGGAGGAGGAGGAGGAGGAGGAGUAGGAAGCCUGGAGAAGAGCUCCAGUCUGGGGGAGCUGAGGGGCAGCCCUGCUGGCAUCCUCGCCUCAUCCUGCUCCACCCGCUCCCUCUGCGUCACGUCCGACGCCGCCACUGACGUCCCAGCCAUCUUCUCGUCUUCCACCUCGUCCAGCUCUUCUAACAGUGGUCGGGGGACGGGCGUCCAGCUCCCGACCAGGCGGAGCCCAGUGGAGGAGGACGGAGGUGAGGAGAGCGAAUCGUCCGUCAGCCGCAGGAGAAACGCUUUUAAUAAGAUCUUUAAGAAGAAGCAGGGACGCCACUGAACGCUGUUGCGUCUGAGCUCAGACAAAACUCACACACCUGCUUCUGUCCGCUACUGACUCAUGACAAGACCUUCAUCUUCAUCACAAUGAGAUCCUCACCUUCAUCGUGAUGUAGGAACCAAACUGUCGCUCACAGGGAACAUGUGGUUUUUUUUUAACGCUUCACUCAGGCAUUUUUUAUAUCAACCUUUUCUGCUAAAUGAUUUUAUUUUUCUGUCAGACUGAGAAAAGAUCAGAUUUUUGGACUCACCG